UCUGAGUGCAAUUUUUAUGCUCGAGUCUUUUUUAACGUGUUCAUCGGUCAUCUUUUCAGUGCAAGUACCUUCUCGUGUGUGAUAAAUUCAUUGAUCGUUAAAAUUAUAAAUAUAUAUAGUAAAUCGGUUGUAAAUAAAAUAAAAUUAAAAGUGAAUAAACUCGCUGAAGUUUUAAGUUUUUGAUGGUAGAAUAAUUCCUCGAGAUUAUAACGGAAAUAAAAAAAUAAAAAGUAAUAAGGCAAAAGAUAUUUGGUAAAAGUCACAACUUAUUGUGUAUGUGAAAUUAUGAGUGUAAAAAGUUAAUUGAAAAGAGUGUAGAAAUAUCGAAAACUUACAAAUAUACAACUAAAACUGUUUUAAUGCGGAAAGAAAAUUGGAUAAUGUCCUCGGCGCCGAACUAUGGAGACAGUGACUCUUUGAAUUAUGAAGAACUCAAUGUCAUUGGUACAGGAGCCUACGGCACUGUAUAUCGCGCUAAGGAUAACCAAUCAGGGAAAAUUGUUGCUAUCAAAAAAGUGCGGAUUCCAAUAACAGAUAAUGGCGUACCUAUGUCAACAUUACGAGAAAUCGCUUUACUGAAGCAUUUAAAUGCCUCGGAUCACCCAAAUAUUGUAAAAUUGUUUGAAGUGUGCCAAGUCCUUGAGAGAGAGGACCAAUUGAUGGUACUCUUAGUUUUUGAACACUUGGAACAAGAUCUCUGUGACUUGAUCGAACGGCUUCCUAAGUCUGGUAUGCCGCCUGCAACAAUUCAGCGUUUAUCACGGGAGCUUUUAACAGGCGUUGAUUUCCUGCACUCACAUCGGAUUAUCCACCGUGACUUAAAGCCACAAAAUUUAUUAAUCUCAUCUCAAGGCCAUCUAAAAAUAGCUGAUUUCGGCCUGGCAAAAACGUAUGAUUUCGAAAUGAAGUUAACUUCUGUGGUAGUUACACUUUGGUAUAGAGCUCCUGAAGUACUACUGGCGCAAUCAUACAAUAGUUCAGUUGAUAUAUGGAGCGUUGGUUGCAUCAUAGCGGAAAUGUUUGCGAGUAAAGCUUUAUUCCCAGGCUCAUCGGAGGCGAAUCAAUUAGAUAGAGUUUUCGAAUUAACUGGACGUCCCACAGCACAGCAAUGGCCAAACUCAAUAUCGCUCUCAAGGGAACACUUCCCUCCCCGCCUUCCAAAACAACCGAAAGAGCUGUGCCCAAAUUUAUGUGAAUAUUCCAACGAUCUAAUAGGUCAAAUGCUGUCCUACGAUUUCCAGUCUCGGCCAUCCGCAUUAACUUGCUUGAAACAUGAUUACUUCCAACAGGAGCCCAUUUAACACUUGCAUUUGUUUAAUUUAAGAUUUGUUUGUAAUAACUAUGUUAUGUUUUCCAUUAGCCAUUAUAGAAUUUAAACGAAUUAGUAAUUUAAGAAUCAAUUAUGUGACUACUUACCCAUAUUUACUUAUAUUUAGGCUAAUAUAUGGAAAUUGAAGCUUGUAUACUACUGAUAUAUAGAUACUUCAGAUGACCCUAAUUUUUAAGUUGUUCGUUAAAAACUUUCUAAAAACUAUAUGUUUUAUUUCAUAUCUAAUAAGUUUUUUCCCUUAAUGUGGGCCAGUUUAAAGGUCAAAAUCACUUAAGUAUUAGAAAAAUUAUUAUGGUAAAUUACCAUUAAUACCCUUUAACUACAUACAUGCGUACAUAGAUACCUACUUACUGUUAAUGUAUUUUUUAUUUUGAUAAGCUUACAUCAAGCCCGCAAUUGUAUAUAUAAACCAUAACUCCAAAUUAUACAAUGCAAUAUGACCACCACUAUCUUUAUACAUAAAAAUAUUUGGUAACAAAAAAAUGGCAAUUGAAAAUGUUAUACGUACUGUAUAAAAAUUAAAUGUUAAUAUUUAAGAAAUAUCUACACAUAAUCUAUACAUAACUAUGACACUUAUACCACUAUACAAAUUCGUAACAAGAAAGUUAGUUUUCAAUACACAAUUUUUAUUUACAAAAAUUUAAUUCGCAAAUAAUGACCUUGCUUAAACAUAUCAAUAAAAUUAUAGCACCAAAUUAAGUAAGUUUCACUGAUAUCUAUACAAAAAUUCUGAUUAUUAUAAUUGUUAUAAUAUGGUCUUGUACUAUCCCAUUUAAAUAUACAAAAUUGCAAAUUUGUUUAUAAAAUCUUGGCUUUAGAAUUAAGUAAAUGAAAUGGCUCAAUAAAUUAUCAUUUAUUAAAAAAUUAUUAAUUAUGUUGAUUAGGAAACUUCAAAUGUACAAUAUAAAUGUCCUCACAGUGUUCAUAUUUCGAUGACAUCCUUCGUAAUAAAUAUAUAUACAUAUAACGUUUGUAUAAAUUUAAAAUAUAAACACGGCUUGUUUAUGUUAUACCAUUAUGUUUCCGACUAGAAAAAACUGUUAUUUGCUUGAUCUAAAUGUACUUGUAAUUUUUUUUCCAAUGGCAGUUUCACUGUAGGCGCCAAAUAGUUUCCAAUAACCCGUACUACUGUCUGUGGUAAUCAAUUCAAUUGCUUGCACAUUAAUAAUGAAUAAAAAUGUAAUACAU